AUGGCAGAUACGGACAGCAGUAGUAGAGAAACAACUCCACGAUCUUGUGAGGAAUGGUGGAGUGCUCGUGGCAAUCGCACCCGAUUGCCAGUCUCCGGAAAGAACGUCACUAUCGACUUGGACGGUGGUGGUCCAAUGAAGUCGAUGCAGGUUGUGUGCAAAAUGAUGAAAGACGACAUGGGAAUUGCCACCAUCCUGGAACACGACCUGAAGCGACCGAUAUUUGUAACUGGUGACAAUAAUCCGGGUGUCGUCCGCAAAGCUCUCAUAUACGGAGUUUCAACAGAGCAGAUGGAUCGUCUCGUUGAAGGUUUUGAAUCGUGUUCACAGUACAUGCGGUUUUCCUGCCGUGGUGGUGCUCGUCUGAUGACGCAAGAAUGUGCAAUUGUGACUUCUGGAGAAGAUGCAACCGACGAGGGAGUCAAUCCGUAUUCUCAGCUGCUCCCUGUAACGGGUUUGUUCCUAGGCGGUACAACGAAGGCAUCGUCAAUCGAAGUGGAAAUGGGCACUGAUUUGCAAGCUCGACGAGCGUAA